AUGCCAGUGGCAGCUGUGGGCGGCGUUCCAGGCGGGCAUCAGCCAACAUGCUUCCAAAAGAUACGUUUGGGUUUUAUGAUGGGUUGUAUGAUUGGUGGCGCUACUGGCGUGCUCAUUGGUGGCUUCUCUGCUUUCCGGAUGGGUUUGAGAGGAAAGGAAAUGUUAAUUCAGACCGGUAAAAUUGUGGCGCAAUCUGGUGGCUCCUUUGGAAUUUUCAUGUCAGUUGCACAAGGACUUCGAUGCUAA